AAAUACAUAGUGAUAGAGAUAGAGAGAGAAAGCUAUAGUUCAGUGUGAAUUGUGGGUGUCAUCCAAUGGGUGGAGGGGUUGCACUUGCACACACACUUGCUCCUCAUUCCUCUCUCCUCUCCUCUCCUCUCUCUCAUCAACCCUAGCUUGAUAGUUGAUUCAACCAGCCAAUAUAUUCGAUCUCCCCUUCUCUUCUUCUCUCGAUCGAUCGGGUGAUGAGAAGCCAAUUGAGAAUUUGAGAUCGUUCGAUCAUCACCUCGUUUCUUGCUGAGAUUAUAGCCAAGCUCCAUGAUUCCGUCUAUGCCGGUAGUGACACUGCAAGGUGCACACCAGUAGAUAGCUAGUGGCAGCAGCAGCAGCAGCAUCAGUGGAGCUAGUCGUCGUCCCGGCCGGCCUUGCCGUCAGAGAUCGAUCGGUGUAAGUUACAGGGUGCAAGUGCGAUCGAUCGCCACCGGCGCAGCGAGAUCUGAUUGAUAUUGAUCCAUCGCCGAUCGAUUGAUCAUACGUUCAGAUAUCAUAAUCAGCAGCAGCUGGUAGAAUUCAAGAGAAGUUCGUCCAGAUGAUGCUCAAGGAUCUGGCCGAAAUUCAGCAGCAGCAGCUGCUCGCCGCCGCCGAGGAGAACAUGUCGAACCUGACGUCGGCGUCCGGCGACCAGGCCAGCGUCUCGUCCCACCCCGCUCCUCCUCCCGCCAAGAAGAAGCGCAGCCUCCCCGGCAACCCAGAUCCUGAGGCGGAGGUGAUCGCGCUGUCGCCGAGGACGCUGAUGGCGACGAACAGGUACGUGUGCGAGAUCUGCGGGAAAGGGUUCCAGCGAGACCAGAACCUGCAGCUGCACCGGCGAGGGCACAACCUGCCAUGGAAGCUGAAGCAGCGGAACCCCAAGGAGGUGGUGAGGAAGAAGGUGUACGUGUGCCCGGAGGCCGGCUGCGUCCACCACGACCCGGCGCGCGCCCUCGGCGACCUCACCGGCAUCAAGAAGCACUUCAGCCGCAAGCAUGGCGAGAAGAAGUGGAAGUGCGACAAGUGCUCCAAGCGCUACGCCGUCCACUCCGACUGGAAGGCCCACUCCAAGGUCUGCGGCACCCGCGAGUACCGCUGCGAUUGCGGCACCCUCUUCUCCCGGCGGGACAGCUUCAUCACGCACAGGGCGUUCUGCGACGCGCUGGCGGAGGAGAGCGCGAGGGCGGUCACGGCGGCGGCGGCGGUGGCGGGGCAGCAGCAGCAUGGCGGCGGGAUGCUCUUCUCGCAGGUGGCGGAUGUGCUUGAUCACCAGGCGGCGAUGGCGAUGGGGGGGCAUGGGCUGAUGCAAGAGCUGUGCCUCAAGAGGGAGCAGCAGCAGCAGCAGCAGCAGUUCGCGCCGUCGUGGCUCACGGCGCAGCAGCAGCAGCAGCAGCUGGAGGCGAUGGCCGGCGCGGGGAAUCCGGCGGCGAUGUACGGGUCGGCGAGGCUGGACCAGGAGUUCAUCGGGAGCUCCACGCCGGAGAGCGGCGGCGCGCAGCAGGCCGGCCUCAGCUUCGGGUUCUCGUCGACGUCAUCCGCGCCGCCGCACCCCGCCGCCUCCUCGGCGCACAUGUCCGCCACCGCGCUGCUGCAGAAGGCGGCGCAGAUGGGCGCGACGCUGAGCCGCCCGUCGAGCCACGCCCACAUGGCGGCGGCGGCGGCGGCGAGCACGCACAACAGCAGCAGCAGCGCCGCCACCACCAAUGCUCCCCCUCCUCCUCCUACCAGCAACGUGUCGAGCACUUGCGUCGGCGCCGGCGGCUACGGGCUCGCCUUCGAAGCGUCCCACUUCAUCGCAGCAGACGAGAGCAGCAGGGGCGCCAGGUCCGAUCGUGACACCGGCAAUGGCGUCGCCGGAGCCGGCAACGACGGCCUCACCAGGGACUUCUUGGGUCUCCGAGCCUUCUCCCACGGCAACAUAAUGAGCAUGGCCGGCUUCGAUCCCUGCAUGUCGACGACGUCGGCGUCGUCGGCGGCGCCGUACGACCACCACCACCACAGCAACAAGCCAUGGCAUAGCUAGUAACCACCUCGGCCGCCAUGGAUGAAUAGCGAAUGAAUCAUGCAAGCAAAUCCAAACAAAUUUUGUUCGUGGGCUACUCAUCGAUCGUUCGACAAGAACUGCCUGAUGAUGAUGAUCAUGUCAAGAUUAUUUCAUAGCUGGGUAAGUGAGUCGAAUUUACCCAGCUCUCUCUCUUUUGAUGUUCCAAUUGAGGUUUAAUAAUUCGAUGUUCUUUUGGGAGGGUAUGGGCUGUUCAAUUCAUAUAUAUGGAACUUUUCAAAUUAUAUACUGUUGUUUAUGCUAGCUAUAUAUCAUAGUUAAUUCAUCUUCCUACUGUAAUAAUAAAAUUUUUAGCCAUUCUCAGCUCAUAAAGCUGUGUAGAGCUACUGCCAUUAGAGCUCCAUUUGUAAUCAGUUGUUACCAUUAAUCAUUCCCUUAAAUUUCUAGUUCCUGAAGAAUGGAUUUGCAUGCA